AUGGGAUUCAGUGUCCCAAUCAAUCGACGAGAUAUUGGUGGCACCUGCUCUAGCGACUACAGCUACUUCAAUCUGGACUGCCCUGUAACAACCAACAACUGUGAGGAGGGCUUCAACGCGAACGCAUUCUACCAAAACUUUGAAUGUAUCUGUGUUUGUCGCCGUGACGAACGUCGUGAGGCUUCUGUCACCCCUGCGUUAGCCGAAGUGGCCAACUCUGUGCAGCCAAUUCAGGCCCCGACUCGUCGUGAUAACGGCGGCUCCUGCUCUAGCGACUACAACUAUUGGGGUGUCGACAGCCCUGUCGACUCGGACAACUGCAGCCAAGGAUAUCACGCGAGCGCAAGCUACGAUUAUGGCCACAGCGAAUGCACAUGCGAGUGUGUACAAGACUAAAUCUCAUCCACACACACGGGUGCAAGCUGCAGCGGAGGAGAAUGCGUGCAUGUGUCGGAGUGGUUGACGAUAUAAAUACU